AAUCUCUACAGGAGAAGGAAUGAGGAACCUGCUACAGACUUGAAGACACGCCUGUUUUUCACACGUCACUCAAACACAGAACCAGGAAUCACAUGAGUUCAGGAAAAGAGAAACUGAAGUGUAGUUGAGCUGUUGUGUGUUCGUCUCUGUAUUCAAGGAGAAAAAUGGAAGAAGCCAGGAUUUUGGUGAAUGAGUUCACGUGUGCAGUGUGUCUGGAUCUCCUGAAGGAUCCAGUGACCAUCCAGUGUGGACACAGUUACUGUAAGAGCUGUAUUACAGACUGCUGGGAUCAGGAGGAUCAGACGAGAGUCUACAGCUGCCCUCAGUGCAGACAGACCUUCAGUCCAAGACCUGCUUUAGCUAGAAACACCAUGCUGGCUGAAGUGGUGGAGAAACUGAUGAAGACCAAACUCUCUGCUGACUGUGACGCUGGAGCUGGAGAUGUUCAGUGUGACGUCUGUACUGGAAGAAAAUACAAAGCUGUCAAGUCCUGUCUGGUGUGUCUGGAAUCAUACUGUCAAACUCAUUUUGACCGUCAUGAAGAAUUUCAUUCACGUAAGCCACACAAAGUGACUGAAGCCACUGGACGACUGCAGGAGAUGAUCUGCCAGAAACAUGAGAAGCUCCUUGAGGUUUUCUGUCGCACUGAUCAGAAAUGUAUAUGUGUGCUGUGUAUGGAUGAACAUAAAAACCACGACACUGUAUCAGCUGCAGCACAGAGGACAGAGAAACAGAAGCAGCUGAAGGAGACGCAGAAGACGCUCCAGCAGAGAAUCCAGCAGAGAGAGAAAGAUCUCCAGCAGCUGAGAGAGACUGUGGAGUCUCAGAAGCGCUCUGCACAGACAGCAGUGGAGGACAGUGAGAGGAUCUUUACUGAGCUCAUCCGCUCCAUUGAGAGAAGCCGCUCUGAGCUGAUACGGCUGAUCAGAGAUCAGGAAAAGCAAGCAGUGAGUCGAGCUGAAGGACGACUGGAGCGACUGGAGCAGGAGAUCAAUGAUCUGAGGAGGAGAGACGCUGAGCUGGAGCAGCUUUCACACACACAGGAUCACAUCCAGUUCCUGCAGAGUUUCCAGUCUCUCUCAGCACCUCCUGAAACUACAGAUGCAAAUGAUGAUCCCUUCAUCUCUCUCGUCUCUUUUGAUGGUCUGAGAGAAUCUGUCCAUCAGCUGAGAGACAAACUGGAGGAUUUCUGCAAAGAGGAGCUCAAGAAGAUCUCAGACAGAGUCAGAGUCACCAACAUUGUUCCCAGAACCAGGAACGACUUCCUACAAUAUUCCCAUCAGCUCACUCUGGAUCUGAACACAGUGAAUAAAUCCCUCCAUCUGUCUGAGAGCAACAGAGUGAUUACAUACACUGGCACAGAUCAGUCGUAUCCUGAUCAUCCAGACAGAUUUGAUGGUUGGUAUCAGGUGUUGUGUAGAGAGAGUGUGUGUGGACGCUGUUACUGGGAGCUGGAGUGGAGUGGAGAUGUGUAUAUAUCAGUGUCAUAUAAGAGCAUCAGCAGGAAGGGACGGGGUUAUGAGUGUGGGUUUGGAUAUAAUGAUCAGUCCUGGAGUUUGUCAUGCUCUUCCUCCAGAUACUCAUUCAGACACAAUAACAUAGUGACUGUUCUCCCUGUGAAGCCCAUCAGCAGUAGAAUAGGGGUGUUUGUGGAUCACGGUGCAGGAACUCUGUCCUUCUACAGCGUCUCUGACACAAUGAGCCUCAUCCACACAGUCCAGACCACAUUCACUCAGCCGCUCUAUCCUGGGUUUAAUGUUCAUAAAGGAUCAUCAGUGAAACUGUGUUGAUGAAUCAGAAUAGACUGAUGACAGACUCUACCCAUAAUGCUUUGAGCUGCAUGUUGAAUCAGUAACAGUGAGAUGUUAUAGAGUCUCUUCUUUUCUCUUCAUGACAUUAAUACUGCAGCUGAACUUCUGUCACUGAAAUAACAUGUCAGAAUAAAUGUGUGUAAUAAUUCCUCAUAUAGACAGUAAAAUCAGUGUGUGUGAGUCCUGCUGAGUGACCACGUGUUUCUGUGCUUUUCUCAACCUCUUUGUGUUGACUGAAAUCAGUCAUUUAGUUUUUAAUGUUGUCACACCUAAUCACAUGGUACAGUGACAGCAAUCAUUCAAGCGCUGCAGGACGAUGCACAGACUCAACGUUUAGUGUUAAUAUAAGCACUAGUAGUGAUUAAAUACUGAUAAACAGCACUAUUAAAGUGAGUUGACGGUCUGUCCAGCAGGGGGCAGUGUUGAAUUGUGUUCAGUUUGAUGAAGCCUGAAUAAAGCCUGAACUUUUAUGUGAAGUAAAAAAUAAACAAUAAUUAAUUAUAUGCUGAAUAUCAGCUGGCCACAUGUUAAUUAUUGUAGGAGUAAAUUAAUUAUGUUUGUGCCGUUUUAGAAUCAUAAUGAGUAAUAAUUUAAUUUGCACAGAAUGCAAAACAACUUAAUAGUACUUAAACACAUUAAAAUGUCAACGACCAGCCAAACACAUCUACCAGCAGCAUCCAUCAUACGUGAACCGUGAUGACUGAUGAAAACACACAUAUACUUAG